CCGGGGCAGGGCAGUGGGGUGGAGGUCCCCUGUGCUGGCCUUGUUGGGGGGCAAGGGGUCAGCUUCGGGUGAGGGGCGGCCCCUCAGCAGCUUGGGGGCUGCCUCAUGAGGGGUCAUGACCCCCGCCCCUGGCCCCCAUUUCGGGGUCGGGGCGCGGUGUGAGCCGGUUCCGUGUCUCCCAGGUCACCAAGCCGUGGAGCCGCGGCGGCGACGCAUCAUGUGUCAGGCGGCAUCGGAGCGGCUGAAGGAUGCCCCCGGGAGCUCUCGGUAGGCCCGGGAGGCCUCCAGCAUUCGCCGGGAGGGACCGCGACGCGGCGAGGAUCGGUCUCGAAAACACCUUCGAGGAAACCUGGUUCCAGCUGCCCAACGGCUGAGGGGCGCCGGCGGGCAAGCAGAAACCAGCCCCGCGGGGGCCAUGACCUGCCGGUAAUGGAAAGUCACGAAAGAGACUCGUCCGUCUUCUUGUGGGUUUGACGUCUGGGAUCCCAGAGGAUGACCUAGCACUUAAGCAUCAAAACUGGGCCAAAUUGAAGGCUCAAGAGUUGACCUGAUUGAGCCCGAGUAGCGGGACCGGGUCAAAAGGUGAAAUCAGUAAAUCCCGAACUGAAAAAUUCAGACAUUGGAAAAAAAAUAUAUAAAACAGCAAGAAAGAGAGCGCGUUGUUGGGGCCAGACUCUGGAUCUUAUCGGACCCUAUCGAGCUACGAGCAGCUGAUGGUUCUUUUUUUUGUUCGUUGGUUUUUGGGUUUUGGUUUGUUUUUUUUUUAAUUAAUGUUCGUACAAUCUUAUGGAUAAUUUUUUUCGAGGAGUCAAAGGGAGUGUCGGGAGCUAAAAAGAACUGGAUUAAAAUCUUAAGGGCUGAGGCAAGUGGGUUACAGAACUGAAUCCAGGAUGGAUAUGCAAGAGCCCCAACAGCUGAGUAUGUUUGCAGACAGUGAGCUGAUGUCUGUGGGGAUGGACACUUUUAUCCAUCGGAUCGACUCCACCGAGGUCAUUUACCAGCCGCGGCGCAAAAGGGCCAAGCUUAUUGGCAAAUACCUGAUGGGGGACUUACUCGGAGAAGGGUCUUACGGCAAAGUCAAGGAGAUGUUGGACUCUGAAACCCUCUGUAGAAGGGCUGUCAAAAUCCUGAAGAAGAAGAAGCUACGCAGGAUCCCUAACGGGGAGGCAAAUGUUAAAAAGGAAAUUCAACUCCUGCGACGAUUACGACACAAAAAUGUCAUCCAGUUGGUAGAUGUGUUAUAUAAUGAAGAGAAGCAGAAAAUGUAUAUGGUAAUGGAGUAUUGCGUGUGUGGGAUGCAGGAGAUGCUGGACAGUGUCCCAGAAAAAAGGUUUCCAGUCUUUCAGGCUCACGGGUACUUUUGCCAGCUCAUAGAUGGCUUAGAAUACUUGCACAGCCAAGGGAUUGUCCACAAGGAUAUAAAACCAGGAAACCUCCUUCUAACAACCAAUGGGACACUAAAAAUAUCUGAUUUAGGAGUAGCAGAGGCACUGCAUCCGUUCGCGGAGGAUGAUACGUGCAGAACGAGCCAAGGGUCGCCAGCAUUCCAGCCGCCAGAAAUUGCCAAUGGCCUGGAUACCUUUUCAGGCUUUAAAGUGGACAUCUGGUCAGCGGGGGUCACGCUAUACAACAUUACAACGGGUCUAUACCCCUUUGAGGGGGAUAAUAUCUAUAAGUUAUUUGAAAACAUCGGGAAAGGGGACUACACAAUUCCAGAGGAUUGUGGUCCUCCGCUCUCAGACCUACUUAGAGGGAUGCUUGAAUAUGACCCAGCCAAGAGAUUUUCAAUACAGCAGAUAAGGCAGCACAAUUGGUUUCGUAAGAAACACGCUCAGGCAGAGGCUCUGGUCCCCAUCCCUCCCAGCCCAGAGACAAAGGACAGGUGGAGGAGUAUGACGGUGGUGCCUUAUCUGGAAGAUCUGCAUGGCUACAAUGAGGAAGAAGAUGAUGACUUGUACGACAUUGAAGAUGAUAUCAUCUACACUCAGGACUUCACUGUACCAGGUGCAGAGGAAGAAGCUGAGGCAGGGCUUAGAGAGGACAAAGCAGAGCAGCUGAGCGAUCUCACCGAGUUAUUUGGAGAGGAAGCCGAGUUGCCAGCAGCCAGGAUCCUAGAAGAGGAAUGUGAAGGGUAGUCUAGCUUCCAGAGAUACUGCAGAGAGACCCUAGACGCCCUUCCUGCUGCUUGAACAAGUGGCAUUGGGUUAGGAAUGGAGAAUCUUCUCCAGACUUUGGUGGGAACUUUCCCAUUGCCAUGAUGGCAGCACUACUUCAAAAAUAGAUAGAUGUGUUCUGCAAGAGGGUCUGCUGUAUUGCUUUAGCAAAAAUUAGCCAUGGCAAAGCCAGUGUGGAACUGAUCUGAGGGGAAGAAAGCCAGCACUAAGUGGGUGGGACUGUCACAUGCGAUAACCAACCAGCCUUGUCUCUUUUCAGUUAGCUCUCUCAGUAGAUAGCAGCAAUGAAACUUCCAUUGUUAAUUUUAAAGGUGAUUUUACUAAAGAAACUGUCUUAAAGAAGUAUCUGUGGAGUUGAGCACUGAGAUGGUUACCUGUCCCUCGGGCCAGCCUGUUCUACUUGCCUUGCCCCCCACCCCCACAUUGUUUGAUUUGGGUUUUCUUUGUCUGGCUUUGCUUUCCUUGUCUAUGUGUAUCUCUGGGUUAUGAAGGUGAAGAGCUGUGCAGGAGUGCAGCUCCUGAGCCAAUCAUUCAUUAACGCGCGCUUUGGGAUGCUCUGGGCCUGGUGGUUCACGGUAGGGUCAGGUGGAUGACUGCAGCCCAGCAUCUGUGUGCAGAUGGUGAUGCUGAGCUGCGUAGCAGGUAUGCAAGAGCUCUGUCCGGUUCAGAUGAGGGUAAGCACUGUUUUGUGCAGCCAGCAGAGCUCAGCCCCAAACACCCAUGCGCAGGGUGUCUGAGGAGAGGUACUCCUGUUCAAUGUGAUUUUUGAGCUCCCUUCCUGGGUUUCUUACCUGCUGUUAGUAGAAGGAACUUGGGGCCCGUGCUACAGCAACCUAUUAAUGCAGCGUCUGUGCCUCACACUCUGCCCUUUCCCCUAUGCUUUACAGAGUCACCUGCACCAGGCAGGAUUGAGCCCUCAGCAACACCAUUAUUUACCUGCUCGUGGGGCAGCUCUUGCCUCCAGUGUGGGCAGGUGCCACGUGACAGAGGGAGGCUGUAGCUGGAGCAGCAGUCUCCGUUCUUCCAUACUCCUGCAAACAGCAGCGUUUCCACCCAAACGGGACCUGUCAGUCAGCGAGCUGGCGUGCAAAUUACUGAAAGAUGUUCAGUGUUCUCCCGCCUGCUUUGUGCAGCUUCAAAGAGACAUGAAACUCUGCUUAAUAGCAGCCCCCCAGAGCAGCGGUGGGUGG